AUGGAACACGACCUCGACAUCAACCGGCUCAAGUCUGGUGAGCUUAACCUCGGCACAUCCAUCAUGGCAGUCGCUUUUGAGGGCGGAGUGGUGAUCGGGGCAGAUAGUCGAACAACCUCCGGUAGCUACAUUGCCAAUCGAGUCACCGACAAGCUCACCCACAUCCACGAUCGCGUAUACUGUUGUCGGUCUGGUUCUGCCGCUGAUACUCAAGCGGUCGCCGACUACGUCCAUCUUUACUGUCAGAUGUACACUGCUCAGCAUGGACACGCUCCCUCGGUCCAUACAGUUGGUACAAUAUUUGAGCAGAUCUGCUACUCAAACAAGGAUAAUUUGUCGGCAGGGAUCAUAGUGGCUGGAUGGGAUGCUCAGACGAAGAAAGGAUCGGUUUAUAACAUCCCGCUAGGAGGAGGCCUCUUCCAGCAGCCAUGGGCAAUUGGCGGAAGUGGAUCCACUUACAUUUACGGAUACUGUGAUUCAAACUACCGUGCCGGUUGGACGAAAGAGGAAACCAUUGCAUUUGUCAAGAACGCAUUGGCCUUGGCGAUGUCUCGAGAUGGAAGUUCGGGGGGGACGAUUCGAAUGGCGAUCAUUACCGAAGACAAAGUCGAGAGGGUUUUUAUUCCUGGUAAUCAAUUACCUGUAUUCUGGGAAGCUUGA